AUGGAGAGCCUGGAGAAGCAGCUGAGCUGCCCCAUCUGCCUGGAUAUGUUCACCAAGCCGGUUGUCAUCCUGCCGUGUCAGCACAACCUGUGCCGCGGCUGUGCUGGCGACCUGUUCGAGUCCCAGAACCCCUACCGCCUCUCGGGGGGCACCUUCUGCUGCCCCACCUGCCGCUUCAAGGUGGUGCUGGACCGCCAUGGCGUGUACGGGCUGCAGAGGAACCUGCUGGUGGAGAACAUCAUUGACAUCUACAAGCAGCAGCUGGAGAAGGGGGUAGACCCCGUUGAAGACAUGCCCCUUAAGGACAAGGACAGCGAGGCACCGCGCUGCCAGGAGCACGAGGACGAGCGCAUCAACAUCUACUGCGUCACCUGCGCCACGCCAACCUGCUCCAUGUGCAAGGUGUUCGGCCAGCACCGCGACUGCCAAGUGGUGCCGCUGCUUGCUGUCUAUGACAGCCAGCGGGGUGAGGUGCGCGCCACCAUCGAGCUGCUGGCUGCCGCCAAUAGCAGUGUACAGGUGGCCAUGAUGCAGAUGGAAGAGACACGGUGCCUGGUGGAGGAGAGCAGCGAGCUGCAGAGGCGGCGCCUGGGGGAGAGCUUCGACCUCCUCUACGCCCUCCUGGAGGAGCGGAAAGGCGAGCUGCUGGAGCGCAUCGAUGGCAUGGAGCGCGACAAGAUGGCGACGUUGCGGGUGCUGGCGGAGCGCUACCGGGAGCAGCUGCAGCUUAGCUGCCAACUGCAGGAGAAGCUCCAGCAGAGCAUGGAGCAAAGCGGCACCGCCCACUUCUUGCUGACUGCCAAGCAGCUCCAGCAGGAGGCGGAGCAAGCCGUCAGGGCGAUGAACCUGCAACCGCCAGAGCCCGGCUAUGUCAGCAUGGAGCACCUGAGGGUGGACACGAGGAAGUUGGAGGUGCAGCUGCAACACAUAGACUUCACACAGAAGUAG